AUGGCACUAUGGGCAUAUCGGACGACACCUAGAAUUUCUACUGGCAUUUCUCCCUAUUCGCUCGUCUAUGGUGCAGAUGCAAUCCUCGCAGCAGAGUCGACUAGGAUUGCGGCGGCAAGUGGAGUCCAAUGGAAUGAGGCUGAGGCAUCGAAUGCCAGAAUAGCGGAGCUAGAUACUCUAGUCUCCAAGAUAACUAAGGCGGAAGAACAUGCUCAUACGUACGGGAACAGGGUCUCCAGAGCAUAUGAUAAAGCCGUAAAACCUCGAAUCUUUCAAGCAGGAGAUCUGGUGUUGAAGACUUCCAAGCAAAUUCAGCAAGACAUGAACAACGUUGGCAAGGAGGUCGGCUCGAUCAACUUUGACAAUGUCAAGACGGGGCCGCAGCCAGCUGAUGUUAAACUCCAGAGAUUCGCAGAAAAGCUGAAUCAAAUACGAAUACAGGAAAGACCUGAAAAUGAUGUCGCCAAUCAGAUCUCUGAGAAUCGACGACUCGCUCAUUCUCCACCUUUGAGGCACACUCCCUUGCAGAUAAUCCAUGUGAUUGGGAACUUUAUGAGAAUAUGGUCAGUUUAUACCAUGUACCACUACUUAUCUCAAGAAGGAGCUUCAGUUGUAGUUUUCAUUUUCAGUUGCUUGGUUCCAUCAGCUAUGUUCUUUCUAUUAUCGCAAAAGCCUUGGAAAGGAAGGGCCCUAUCCAGUCAACAGGUAAUACCAACGGUACUCAAUGGAGGCAUAACAGCAUUAUACUUUAUUUUGUGGGCAAAGGGCCUGAAGACGUGUGGUCCUAUAAGAGCAAUAUUGGGAGAGUAUGCUGGUGCUGUUCUUGGAGUUCUAUCUGCAGUAUUGUAUGGGCGAAAGGCUCAUGUUUGGAAAAAGGUGGGUGGGCUCGUUGCAAUGUCGGCAGCAUUCUAUUUCUUAUCUCAAGGGUGGGCCAUGGCCACACUUUCACCCUUCACAUUUAAAGAUAGCCUUGUCACAGAGGGUGCAACAAAGGAAGCAUUGGGCAUGAAAGAAAUGACAGUUCCCUUAUGUGCUGGUAUUUUAUCAGCGUUGAGAAGAGUAGUUGCACGCCGAGUGUCACUCAAGAAUCAGCUUAAAAGGCGACUUCAUGCAGUAACUAUGGCUUCUGCAGCAUGCUUUCUCUUUCCUUUUGCAAUUUGGGACUUGAUAUUAGGAUCCUCAUCUGAUAUUAGCAUAAAGUUACCAAUUUCUCUAUGGGCGUAUUCCAGUGUGAUUCUCUUUGGAAUCAUAUUAAUAUUCUAUGUUGAUAACAUUGCCGAAGAGAGAUUACAUAUGGUUUUCUCUUCUCCAAGACAUUUGAUGGUCGCAGGAGGAUGCAUCAUUGUGAUGGAGAUCAUGUAUAAGAUGGAUUUUUCCCUUCCAGGUUUUCUAAUAUGCUCCACGAUUUUGGGAUUUGGUAUUUUUAAAGCAACUUCUUUGGAACGUAUUAAGAAAGAUGCUCCUCAGCCUUUGGACAUGUCAGAUGGAGCUUUCGAAACCCAAAACCAAGGCUUGUCCCUUCCUAAAUAAAUUAUUGGUAGUGCAAGCUAGAGCUCAAUUUCGCAACCCUUCGGAUGUCUGAGGAUAGAAGUGAAGUAAUUUUUUUGCCGAGUCUGGAGUCAAAAGCAUAUGCUGGUUCUUUACCGUUCCUGUAUCCCUUCGCCAAUCUAAAGAGCCACUGCUCUUAUCAUGUGUACAGUAGUAUCAUGAACACUUAAUAGUCUCUCUUGCAAUGACAAUUCACAUCGUUAACCAGUUGAUAUAUCCUUUUUACAGAUCCUUUAUCUUUCA